AUGGCAGAAAAGACGCCCACCGAUUCCCGUCUCGAAGGCCUCCCACCUGAACUUCUUUCGGAGGUAGGUAGGUGCAUGCCACUUGAGGACCUCAAGAACAUGGCUGUGACCUCAAAGAAAAUGCGGCGUUACUUUUCCGAGUGGCUAUUUCAUAGCGUCGCUAUCAAGGGCGAUCGAUGUGAAGUGGUCAAGAAAAUGGAAACCCUGCUACCGCUUAUCAACACCGAGAUGGGACAGAUGAUGGUUUCAAACGUUAAGUGA